AUGGGGACUGUGGAAGGCCAAGUGAUAACUGAUGACAAGGAUGACAGAAGAAAGGAGAGUAGUGAAGCCGGAGUGCCUGCUCAAGGCCAUGAGGAGGCAGGAGACUUCCUGACAAGCAGGCAGUCUCCCCAUCGCCUCUUGCGCCUCCCUCAGCUAUUCUCCUCACUGCAGCCAGAGCAAUCCUUCAUGAGGGAUGUGCUGGGCGGUGUCCUGAUCACCGCAUUCCUUAUUGUCCUCACCUACCCUGCCUGGACCCUCAUCGACUGUCUGGACUCCGCCAGCCCCCUUUUCCCCGUGUGCGUCAUAGUCGUGCCAUUCUUCCUGUGCUAUAAUUACCCCAUGUCUGAUUACUACAGCCCAACCAGGGCAGACACCACCACCAUUGUGGCUGCCGGAGCUGGAGUGACCAUCGGAUUCUGGAUCAACCAUUUCUUCCAGCUUGUGUCCACGCCUGCCACAUCUCUCCCUGUGGCUCAGAACAUCCCACCACUUACCACUAGCUUGAUAGUUUUGGGUUUGACCAAAUUUACGGUGGGAAUUGUGUUGAUCCUCUUGGUUCGUCAGCUUGUACAAAAUCUCUCGCUGCAAGUAUUAUACUCAUGGUUCAAAGUGGUCACCAGGAACAAGGAGGCCAGGCGGAGACUGGAGAUUGAAGUGCCUUACAAGUUUGUCACUUACACAUCGGUUGGCAUCUGUGCUACGACCUUUGUGCCAAUGCUACACAGGUUUUUGGGAUUACUCUGAACCUCCAACAGUUGGAAACCAG